AGGAACUCGAGUGGAAUGUGCCGGAUACCGAACAGAGUCCAUCUAAUAAGACGCGCUCCUGGUUAAGCUGAGGAGAAACCUUCGUCUCCCACCCCCAGCGAAGCCCGCGCAACGCCCACCCUCACUGCGGCACUGGCCACGCGCAGGACGCGUCCUUCCCGAAGUAGCCGCUAAGGGGCGCUGGACGCCGGUCCGCCCCGCGCGUCGUCAUGACAACGCCGCCGGCAGGCUCGCAGCCCGGGAUCCAAGUGCCGGCUACAGCAGGUGUCGGAUUGCAGGGCGCUCGCCGCGGCUCCGGGCUUCCUUGGCGCCCCAUAAAGUCCGGCUGCUGUUCCUUCGCCUCCCUCUCCGACAGCUCCCUACCCCGGCGGGGACGCGCAGGGUGAAAAUGGUCCACCACUCAGGCUCGAUUCAGUCCUUUAAACAGCAAAAAGGCAUGAAUAUAAGCAAGAGUGAGAUAACGAAAGAAACUCCAUUAAAACCAUCUCGGAGAUCCCUGCCCUGCUUAGCCCAGAGCUAUGCUUACUCUAAGAGCUUGAGCCAGUCGACCUCGCUCUUCCAGUCCACGGAGAGCGAGUCUCAGGCUCCCACUUCUGUGACCUUACUCUCGGCUGACAAAGCGGAGCAAGUUCACACUGAAGAAAAUAAAAACGACUCCGUGCUCAAAUGUUCUUUUGCCGACCUCAGCGAUUUUUGCUUGGCCCUAGGGAAA